UGCACAAUUGGGAACAAGAGAUGCUCGAUCACACUCUCUAUGAGCUAAAGGCAGUGGAACAACUUGGUAGACAACCAACCAGACCUUGUUUCAAUGAGUCUAGCCCAACUCCUGAUCGUAUUUAUGAUCAUUCACCCAUUCAAAGGGAUGAGACUUGGGCGGGAAACUAUGAAACAAGUUUGGCGGAGCAAUCUUCAAAUCAGAAAUUUGAUAGUUUUGUUGAAGCUGCUAUUCCCGUGAUGCAACAAAUGCUUCAAGCAACACAACAAUUUUGUGAAUUUCAGCUGAAUUACAAUGAAUCACUCCAAGAACUUCAAAGGAAUAUAGACAACAUCAGAAGUGGCAUGAAUCAAAUUCAAGAAGAGUGGAACAAGGAAGAGGUUCAAACUCAUUCUAACAUUCCCAUGGAAGCCAAUAUAGAGUAUGAUGAAUCCGAAGAAGACGAAUACUUUAAUGUUGAUAAUGAAGGUGUAACUAGCUCAACUCAUGAUCAUAAUGAUCAUUCUCCUAUUCAAAAGGAAGAAGUUGAGUCUAUAAACACUACCAUUAUUGAUGGUAAGACUUUUGUUGUGUAUGAGAGCGAUGAUGAUUAUGAAUUCUUUGUGAAUAACACCCCUAAUUCAGAGAUUCUGAAUACUUUGAAUGAGAAGUCAACUUGUGACGAAGCACGUAAGGAUUACGAUGACUUACUUGGAGCAGAUUUCGAUUCUGAUGAUGAAGAUUUGGAAGUUAUAGAAGAAACUGAUGAAGAAUGGCUCGUAAAGAGUUUGAAUGAGAAUUGCGAUACUUGUGAUGUCGGAGAAUCAAUGGACUUUUUCAGGAGUACUGAGGAUCCCGUAAUGCGUGAGACUAUGCGCGGUUUGUCUAUCCCUUUACAUGAACCUCUAUCUAAUGAUGAUCCUCCCAAACUUGAAGUAGUUUCUUGUAGAGUUGUUAAUCCAUCUUUUAGGAAAAUACCUCAUUUGGGGCUGGAAUUGAAUGCUUCUAAAGUUCUUUCCGAAUUCCUUGCUUCUAAGUAUCCACCAUAUAUGUAUGAAUUUAGCGUCGUGCAGGUUUCCACAAGAAUUCCUUCCACUUCUAUUUCCUAUAUAUUUCGCGAUGUAGAAAGAACCAAGUGUGGGGGUGAUUCUUAUGUGAUGAUAGUUUCACUUUUGUUAUUUUGUGCUAAUAUUCUUGUGAAGCUAUUGUUAGAAUUGCAGAUUGUUUUGUGGGUGGAUCCUCAAAUUUUCAGGUUGUUGAUAUAUGGGGAAUCUAUUUCGAAUGCUAUUCGUAUGCGUCAAUCAGGUGAACAAUUCCAAUUCUUACUUCCUUGUCUUUUUCAAGUAUUCCUCUUAUUCUUUUUGCAAUGGUUUGAAACAUUGAGGACAAUGUUUGAUUUAAGUGUGGGGGUAGGAUUCCAUAAGAACAAAAAAUUGACGUAUACAAAACUCUAACUUUUAGAGAUUUUUGAACAAUUUAGAAUAAACACUAGCCUUUCUAAGUAGAUGGAAUUUUUUCUUGACGAUGAGGUAUAUUUCAACUGAGUCGGGAUUAGAUGCCAAUUAAAUAGCUAGUUUAGUGUUUAUCCUCUAUUGUUCAGAAAUAGCUAUGAGUUGGAGUAUUAGUUUAUGUAAUUUGUAUAUAAUUU